GACCGAACGCCCUUCAACGCAUUCGUCCUCGAUUCUCAUCCUCCACUACAACACCCAUCCCCAAAGCCGCUCAGUGGCCGUACCUCUACCGACAAACGCCCUCGCCCAACAUGGCUCCUCAGCUCGACAACUUCUACAAGACCGUCGACUCCCUCUCCGAACCCUUCAUCGAGCGCCUCCGCAAAGCUGUCGAAAUCCCGUCCAUCUCGGCCGAAGAUGAUCGUCGGGAAGAUGUGGUCAAGAUGGGCAUGUUCCUGAAGAGCCAGUUGGAGUCACUAGGCGCUCACGUUGAAGCUCGUGAGUUGGGCAAGCAGCCUGGCAAGGAAUACCUCGAGCUGCCGCCGGCCAUCAUCGGUCGCUAUCCGGCGAAGAAAGACGAAAGCAAGCGUACAAUUCUGGUCUACGGACACUACGACGUGCAGCCGGCCAACCUGUCCGAUGGUUGGGCAACCGAGCCCUUCAAGCUGACCGUUGACGACAAGGGAAGGAUGUAUGGCAGAGGGAGCACCGAUGACAAGGGUCCGGUUCUGGGCUGGUUGAACGUCAUGGAAGCGCAUCAGAAAGCUGGCAUUGAGUUCCCGGUGAACCUGCUCAUGUGCUUCGAAGGAAUGGAAGAGUACGGUUCAGAAGGUCUCGACGACUUCAUCAUCGCCGAGUGCAAGCCUGGCAAGUUCUUUGAGGAUGCGGAUGCCGUCUGUAUCAGUGACAACUACUGGCUAGGCACCGAGAAGCCAUGUCUUACCUAUGGUCUGCGAGGAUGCAGCUACUACUCGAUUGAGAUCAGCGGACCAGGCCAAGAUCUCCACUCUGGUGUGUUUGGUGGCACUGCUCAAGAACCGAUGACUGAUCUCGUCCGUGUAAUGGGAAGCCUCGUGGACACCAACGGCACCAUCCAGAUCGAAGGCAUCAAGGACCUGGUUGCACCGCUCACCAAGGAGGAGGAGAGUCUCUACAAGGGUAUUGCCUUCACCAUGGACAACUUGUACGAGUCAUUGGGUAGCCAGACCGGUAUCUACCCCGACAAGGAGCGCACACUCAUGGGCCGGUGGAGAUACCCAUCUCUCUCGCUCCACGGAGUUGAGGGCGCUUUUUCUGCUCCAGGCGCGAAGACGGUCAUCCCAGCAAAGGUCAUUGGCAAGUUCAGUAUCCGCACAGUGCCCAACAUGGAGCCAGAUGAUGUCGACAAGCUGGUGUAUGCUCACUGCGACAAGGCUUUCAAGGCUCUUGGCUCGAAGAACACCAUGAAGACUACCCUUCAGCACGCAGGCAAGUGGUGGGUCGCAUCACCGAAGCACUGGAACUUCACCGCCGCCGCGAAGGCAGUCGAGAGCGUGUGGAAAGUUCAGCCAGAUCUUACCCGUGAAGGCGGCAGCAUUCCUGUGACUUUGACCUUUGAGCAGGCCACUGGCAAGAACGUGCUACUACUGCCAAUGGGUAGCUCGACUGAUGCCGCUCACUCCAUCAACGAGAAGCUCGAUCGCCGCAACUACAUCGAGGGCAUUAAGCUGCUCGGUGCAUACUUGCACUACGUUGCGGAGGAGCCGAUGCAGGGUUGAUUGGGCGACUGAAGAG